GAUUUAUUAUCAACUGCGUUGAAUGCAAGAAAAAAAGGCUUAUUAAUUAAUGCAAUGGCUGAAACAACAAAAGCAGACAUGUCUCAAAGACGCAAGCACAGGCGGGGUAAGAAAUCAAAAUUGGUGCCGAAAAAUCCCAAGAACCAAUAUCCACCAUGGAAGCUGGAUAUACUACCAGAUAAUACAGCAGCGACUGGGGUGGGUGGUGGUAGUGUAGGUUCAGGUGCUAAACUUGUGCGGUCCCGUUCAUUAUUGGUGCCGUACAAUACCAAUCGCUUUCUAAUGGAGGAGCAUAUGUCCGAGGUGACCAAGGACGACUCGGAUGACAAUUGUUUCACUUCCCAAGCUGAGGAUCAGGAGUUGUUUCUAUCAAAAGAGUUCUCGAAUGUUUAUGAGCGAGCACGGUUGGAGCGGUUGGAAACUAUGAACAAGCAGGAGCUAAUACAGGAGUGUUUGCAAAUCGAAGACCGCUAUGCAAAGGAUCAGGGACGUCAGCGACAGCAAAGUCUCAAUGCACAGCAAAUAACAAAAGAUUAUGGCAUGAAAGUACGUGCACUGGAGGAAAAAAUACGCGAACUCUCGCGGGAGAAUCAAAUGCUGCGAUCACACAUUAUGCGAUCCCGUUCGCCAACUCAUGUCGCCGCAGCAGCAGCAGCGGCAUCUCCACCUUCAGCAGCCGUGCCCACGGCCAGUACCAUUUGUGAAUUGCAGGCGCGUCAGCAACUGCCGCUGCCUACACCUAUGGACUCUUCUAGUGAGGAUAGCGAAAGUGAUAGCAGCUCGUCUACAUCUAGCACCACAUCUAGCUCGUCAUCUGAUGGUCACGAAAUGGGCGUGGCAGGACUUAACAUUGCCAAUGGACAUGCAGAACGCAGUCGCAGUCCAUCUCGUUCGCCUAAUGCGGAACUCAAUGGGCAUGCCGACGAGGAGGAAGAGCGCCUGCGCUUGCUGGACGCCAAUCAUAUGGACGAAGAUGACAACUCCAGUGAUUAUGCAAAGCAAAACGAUAUCGACGGUGGCGUGCCCAAAUAGAAACGCAGCAAUAAC